GCGCUAAUCAAAAGCACAAGCUUCCGGACCCCGCUUGCUAAAUUAACCAACCAUAAAUCUUUAGCAUCUCUCCAUAUUGCCUGCCUGUAUCAACUGAUCCUUCUCAUUCAUUCAAAAAAACAAACAGAAUGCCCAAAUCAAGGGAAGUGGUGUCAUCCACAUCUGGCAGUGACUCUGACAGUGAGGUGGAGAAGACCAAGGCCAAGAGAAAGAAGGCUAGUGCUCCACCAGAGAAGCCCGAGGCCAAGAAACCGAAGCUGAGUGGAGAGGGCUCUCGACCUGGCGCAGGAGGGUCCUCUAAGGCUGCAGACAGCAAAACGGAGGAUGGCAUGUUCCAGAUUGGGAGAAUGCGAUACGUCAGUGUGAGGGAGUUUAAAGGGAAGUGUUUAGUUGACAUCAGAGAGUACUGGAUGAACCAGGACGGGGAAAUGAAGCCCGGCAAAAAAGGCAUCUCCUUAAACCCGGAGCAGUGGACCCAGCUGAAGGACCAGAUGUCAGAGAUUGACGACGCGAUCAAGAGAACAUGAUGACCGUUCCCAGGGUGCUGACAGUCCAGCUUGUCUAUCUAGUGAUCUUAAUGUCACCACUGACGUUUCGGAUGAGUCCCACAUGGCACCCUAUUCCCUAUAUAAUGCACUACUUUAGACCAAGGCCCUAUGGAUCCCUAUUCCCUAUAUAAUGCACUACUUUAGACCAAGGCCCUAUGGAGCACUAUUCCCUAUAUAGUGCACUACUUUAGACCAAGGCCCUAUGGAGCACUAUUCCCUAUAUAGUGCACUACUUUAGACCAAGGCCCUAUGGCACCCUAUUCCCUAUAUAGUGCACUACUUUAGACCAAGGCCCUAUGGAGCACUAUUCCCUAUAUAGUGCACUACUUUAGACCACGGCCCUAUGGAGCACUAUUCCCUAUAUAGUGCACUACUGUAGACCAAGGCCUUAUGGAACCCUAUUCCCUAUAUAGUGCACUACUUUAGACCAAGGCCCUAUGGAGCACUAUUCCCUAUAUAGUGCACUACUUUAGACCAAGGCCCUAUGGAGCACUAUUCCCUAUAUAGUGCACUACUUUAGACCAAGGCCCUAUGGAGCACUAUUCCCUAUAUAGUGUACUACUUUAGACCACGGCCCUUUGGAGCACUAUUCCCUAUAGGGCCUUGGUCUAAAGUAGUGCACCCUAUUCCCUAUAGGGCCUUGGUCUAAAGUAGUGCACCCUAUUCCCUAUAGGGCCUUGGUCUAAAGUAGUGCACCCUAAUCCCUAUAGGGCCUUGGUCUAAAGUAGUGCACCCUAUUCCCUAUAGGGCCUUGGCCUAAAGUAGUGCACUAUAUAGGGAAUACGGUGCCAUUUGGACUUUCCCAAAACCUGUGUAAGGACUGAAUUAUUUUAUAAUUCUAAGUUUGCUGUUCUGUUGAAUUAGUUAUUUUGCAUGUGAUGUUUUAGUUUGCUCAGUGCAAGAAUUGCUUUGUGUUUUGACCUGUGAAGAUAAUGUGUGUUUGAUUGGUUGAUAUUUGGUUGGUUAUAUGACCUACUUUUUUUUCUCUUCCUACCUUUUAUUUAACUACGCAAGUCAUUAUUUUCAAUGACAGCCUAGGAACAGUGGGUUAACUGGCCUAGGAACAGUGGGUUAACUGGCCUAGGAACAGUGGGUUAACUGGCCUAGGAACAGUGGUUAACUGCCUGUUCAGGGGGCAGAACGACAGAUCUGUACCUUGUCAGCUCGGGGGUUUGAACUUGCAACCUUCCGGUUACUAGUCCAACGCUCUAACCACUAGGCUACCCUGCCGCCUCUACACUCUAACCACUAGGCUACCCUGCCGCCACUACACUCUAACCACUAGGCUACCCUGCCGCCUCUACACUCUAACCAUUAGGCUACCUGCCUCUAACCACUAGGCUACCCUACCGCCUCUACACUCUAACCACUAGGCUACCCUGCCGCCUCUACACUCUAACCACUAGGCUACCCUUUGAAUAAUUGACCUUUUUGUUGUUGUUGUUGUAUGAAAAUGAUUUAAAAGCCAUGUAAAGUUCUCAUGAUUCUCUCUA